AUGUUCUACUUCAGAUGCAUCCAGAAGUUGCUACAGUACCUGAAAUUAGCAAUUUUUUUAUUUAUGGAGAACUUCAUCUGUCUGUUUCCUCUGCGCAAAAAAUAUUUUGCUGGUGAAAUAGUUCUUAUUACUGGUUCUGCAAAUGGGAUUGGAAGGCAGAUUGCCUUAAAACUUGCUCCUCUGGGAGUAAACUUGGUUCUUUGGGACAUCGAUGAUGAAGGUAACAAAGAAACAAGCAGAUUGGCCCAGCAAAAUGGAGCUAAUCGGGUCUUUGCCUACCAUUGUGACUGCAGCAGCAGGGAGGAUAUCUAUGAACAGGCAGACAAGGUUAGAAAAGAAGUUGGGGAUGUUACUAUUCUAAUCAAUAAUGCUGGCAUCCUGAUUGGAGAAAAGUUCUGUGACAUUCCAGAUGCAGAUUUUGAAAAGACCCUAAGAAUCAACUUCUUUUCUCAAGUCUGGACUUGCAAGGCCUUUCUUCCAGCUAUGAUGGCCUGUAACCGUGGACACCUGGUUAGCAUAGCCAGUGCAGGUGGAUUUCUGGGACUCUACAGAAUGACAGAUUAUGCCUCAAGUAAGUAUGCAGUUAUUGGAAUGAUGGAAGCCAUAAAUUCAGAACUGUAUCAUGCAGGAAAACAUGGCAUUAAAACCACAAUCAUUUGCCCUUAUUUUAUUAACACUGCAUUAACUAAAGGUCUCAAAAAUGGAAGCUCCUUUUUAUUUCCUAUUUAUGAUGCAGAGUAUGUAGCCAGCAAGAUCAUUGAUGCAAUUAAAAAGGAAAAGUUUUAUCUUAUCAUGCCUCUAACUGUACACUUUUUUGCUUUAAAAACUCUCAUUCCUAGAAACUUGCUACUGUUCCUCGAAUCUUACUUUAAGUUCAGCGAGCACAUGGAUAAAGUCUUCAGUCAGAAGAAAAAGGAUUGA